AUGAAGUACAGGACGGUGGUGAUGUACGUGGAGAUUGGCUGCUUCGUGUCCUGCUUAUGUGGCUGGAUUCUGGUCUCUUCAACUCUUCCCACAGAGUACUGGACUUUCUCAGAGGUGGGCACCGUAGUGCUGACCACCUCCAACUACUACUCCAACCUGUGGAUGGACUGCAUCUCAGACACCACGGGGGUGUCUGACUGCAAAUACUACCCCUCCAUGCUGGCCCUGCCUGUGUUCUUGCACGCCUGCAGAGCACUGGCGGUCUGUGCUGUCAUUACAGGCUUCUUCGGUGGCGUCCUCACACUCAUAGGGAUGAAAUGUACUAAAAUAGGCGGGACAGAGAUUGUCAAUUCAAGGGUGACAUUUUCUGGUGCUAUCACCUACCUGGCUUCAGGGGGCUGCGGCAUGAUCACCUACUCGUGGUGGGCUAACAGAAUCAUAACUGAAUUUAAUAAUCCAAAUUUCAGGUCACAGAAGUUUGAACUUGGAGCGGCAAUUUUUGUUGGCUGGGGAGGAUCCCUUCUUCUUAUUUGUGCAGGGGCAGUGCUGGCCUAUUUGUCUGGGAAAGAAAUCCUACCAUCAUGUUCCACCCAAAGGCCACAGAGACCAGUUUCCUACACCACUGCCCGUACCAGACGUACAUACAUGAUGCCGCCCCCAUCCUCCAGAGUGACAUUAGUGCCCCCACUGUAUAACAAAGGCAUGGAUGGCCGAACAACCAGAGCAACAAAUAAGACAGAUCCAACCUUGGGCAGAGACAGCUUCGUCUGA